AUGGGCGAAUCCAUUGCCUCCUCCAAGUCGGCCACCUCCAACAUCUUCCACUCCGGCCUUCAAGGAUUACCCUACAGCGCGACGAAAGCAUCGAAUCCUCCUAUACGAGUGACCGGUGCAACAUCGUUACAUCGGAUCCCUGAUUUUGACAAAUACGAGCCUCAAAAUUGCGCGACUGCAGGGGAUAACGCGUCCACCUCGUCCAAUAAGAAAAACGAUGUCGACGCGUUGCCGCACGAUGGAGACUGGUUUCGAAGCGCGGCUGCAGGUUCAAUCUCUCCACGAGAAAGUCAGACGAGCCUGAAUACCAAAUCCCCUACAACAAGUAGUCUGGCUUCCGCCGCCGUCAGCAUUCCUCAGAUUCGCGUGAAUGAGACAGACUCCAGGGAUUCAUAUCAAGAUCGGCACAGCAACCUCGGUUUCGGAGCGCACGGGAGAUGGUUAUCUUUGAAAAAAUCAAGGUCCGGUUCAACAACAUCGGGGGGAGAGGUGGAGAGAACCACACAGACAACAUCGUCGAACUUCCAUGAGCUAUCUUUGGACAUAAACAUCCCCACGGGCGGAUUUGGCGACGAACUUUCUACCGGCAGCAUUGAGUUCUCGAAAAGAGGGAGUAUGCUGAUAGAUGGGAGGAAGGUGAAUCAGUCGACUCGGAAAACUUCACCCAUUCUGGCUCCGAUCAUGGACGACGAGAAACGAGAAAAUGGGGAGCAAGACGCCGCAAAUGCCAAUAUCAAUGUUGAUUCAACUCCCACGAAGGCUUCUACCGCUACACCUGUGGCAAAGAAUGCAAAAGAUCGACCGCCAGCCAAAGUCCUUUCGGCAGACGAAGAGAUGCUGUCUGAACAUGUCCGGGCUUUCUAUGCCGCAGGUACAGAUGAUCGGCAUGAAACAGAGUCCUCCACCAACCUUGCCGCUCGAAUAGGGGCGCGAUGGCAAUCAACAUUGGUCACCGAUUCACACAGCGUCAGCAUAUCAUCUCCCUCGCGUGCCACCUCGACAACAGAUAUCAACGAAGAGAACAGCUCGCGGCAGCUUAGCAUGACAGCUCCAGCGUCUCAGACAUACAUUCCUGAGCGUGAGGAAGAUGAAUUGGCCGGCGGUCUGGAGGACUGGAAAGACAUCGACAGUGCAGAUGUCGACCGGUACGGGUUCAUUUUGACCAGAGCCCCAACAACGAACGUCGACGGGGCCGAUGAAUCAAAACCCCAACGUCUGACCCGCGUCUCGACCAGCUUACAACUCGCAUCAGAAACACCCAGGCGAAAGCAUACUCUUCGUCGUAUCCCAAGCAGUGCUCACGGGUCAACGCGCUCGGCGCAAAGUAGACAUAGCGCCACUGACCAGACUCCGCCUCGCCCGUCAAGUUCGCAAAGUGGGUAUGGCGGCACUCCUACAAAUCGCCGGAGCGCAUUGACACGGAUUCCUGUUCCUGGGACCAAAAACCGCCGCUUGAUGGACUCCGCAAUGGACAUGCUAACGCUUCCCCGCUCCGCACAGUCUGUGGUUGAAAAUGGGCACGUACACAUUGACAAUGCGAGAGCUCGCCGGAAAGAAAUUGAACGCGAAGAGAAAUGGCGGAAAAUGGCACGGGCAUUACCACCGGCUACAGACCCAACGACUGGCUUGCCCAUUGUGGGAGGUGGCUCAGAGGCAGGAUAUACAUUUGACACAUCAUCUCCCAAAGUGAUCGAGCGGACGUGGAAAGGUAUCCCAGACAAAUGGCGGGCCACCGCGUGGCACAGUUUCCUAAGCACGUCGGCAUUGCGACGGAAGGAUUGUCUUAGCGACACCGAGCUGAUCCGUCUCUUUCACGAAUACCAGGGCCAGUCCUCCCCCGACGACGUCCAAAUUGAUAUUGACGUUCCCCGUACAAUCUCCUCGCAUAUUAUGUUCCGGAGACGGUACAGAGGUGGACAGCGUCUGCUCUUUCGUGUUCUCCACGCCAUGUCCUUGCACUUCUCAGCCACAGGAUACGUCCAGGGUAUGGCGGCGCUCGCUGUGACGCUGCUAGCGUACUAUGACGAGGAGAAAGCCUUUGUCAUGUUGGUCCGCAUGUGGGAAUUGAGAGGAUUGGGGGAAUUAUACAAGGCAGGUUUUGGCGGUCUGAUGACGGCUCUGGAUGAUUUUGAACGCUCCUGGUUGGGGCAGGGCGAGGUUGCCCGGAAGUUGGAAUCACUCAACAUCGGUCCAACCGCCUAUGGCACUCGCUGGUACCUCACUCUUUUCAAUUAUACGAUCCCGUUUCCAGCACAACUGCGUGUCUGGGACGUCUUUAUGCUUUUGGGCGACGACGCCCGCUCGCCUAUCUCCACUCAACCCCAAUCCGCGCACGCGGACACACCCAAAGAACCCUCCUUCGGCUCAACACUUGACAUACUUCACGCCAGUUCCGCGGCCUUAAUUGACGGGAUGCGCGACAUCAUCCUCGAAUCGGACUUUGAGAACGCAAUGAAAGUUCUCACGAGCUGGAUCCCGAUUCAGGACGAAGAUCUAUUCAUGCGUAUUGCGAGAGCCGAGUGGAAAAUGCAUCUGAAGCAAGAUGUCAGCAAGACGGCAAAGAAGACAGGCUGA